AUGCUUGAGCCUUGGGACCGUGCCCACCGCGCCGUCGCCCUUUGGGGGCAGAGCCCUUGGGCAGAGCCCUUGGAGCCCUUGCCGCGUCAGACAGAGGGGACAUCGAUUUCUUAUUUUUGGUUCUCGAGUACGAGUACGCGGGCAGUUUCUUGGGAGUCGACCGUUUCAUUUUCCUACGUCCGUGCCGCCGUCAGCGCGACGGUCAGCGCGAUCUGGGCCCUCUCGCUCCGGCGCUGGGGCCUGCUAUCGCUCGGCUCCAGCCUGCUCUACCUGUGGAACAUCUCGACGCUCUCGAGCAGGCGGCGCAACAGCCCGUGCCCUGAGCACGGCCCGCUGCUGCGCAUCAUGUACGGCCUCUUCUCCACCUGGCUCGCCGAGCGCGUGCUCGGCCACCUGCUGGUGCUGCACACGCGGCCGGACGAGCCACAGGCGGAGCAGAUCGGCGGCACGCUGCCUUCCGUGAUGGGGCCGCGCGAGCUGCGCAUCAAGGUGGUGCCGAUCCUGGGCGCCCAGGUCUUCUCUGGGCACGGGUACGCCGACAUGCUGCUCACGAAUGGCCGUGCGCAGCGACCCGUCCAAAUGCGACCGUCCUCGCAGCCGACAGUCCACUGCCUGCUAAAGAAUCACAGCGACGAAUCGGCGACGCAUGCAGGCUGGUCAUGA